CUCCUACUUCUACUCUCAGACAUCCUUCUCCAUCCCCUCUUCACCUUUCCUACACUCCAAUCAAUCACACACUGCCGAUUGCCCACCAUGACCCUCUACUACAGUCUUGUCUUCGGACUUCUCGUCUUCGAGAUGGUCGUCUUCAUGUCGCUGAUCAUCCCCAUGCCCUUCACCUGGAAGCGCACCCUCCUGACUUUCAUCUCCGAGAGUCCUGUCAUAGCAAAGCUGCAGUAUUGGAUAAAGAUCACCUUCGUCUUCAUCCUGAUCCUGUUCGUGGACAGUGUCAACCGCGUCUACCGCGUCCAGCUUGAGUUGGCUCAAGCCAACAAGGCCAACAACGGCGCCGGUGCUGCUGCUGUCGGCGGCAUCGAACGCAUGGAGAUCCAGGCCCGCAAGUUCUACUCGCAGCGCAACAUGUAUCUCUGUGGCUUCACUCUCUUCCUCUCUCUGAUUCUCAACCGCACUUACGGCAUGAUCCUUGACGUCCUCCGCCUCGAGGAGGAGAACAGAAAGAUGAAGGGUAUCGACUCUGGCAAGAACUCUGGCAAGCUUGACGACGCUAGCAACAUUGGCGAGGUUGGCCGUCUGAAGAAGGAGCUCGCUGCCAAGGACCGUGACAUUGAGACUCUCAAGAAGCAAGCUCAGGGUCUCUCCACCGAGUACAACCGUCUUGGUGACCAGGUCUCUGGCAACUCCGACAGCACUCCCAAGAAGGACCGAUAAAUCAGUCGCCCCGGGACCCGAUAUUGCCAGAGCGUUGCCAACUCAAGCUUCACUCUGUUUACUCAAUCAUCCCCAGCAGCUAGGGAAUAUGCCCAUAAAAACAUCAUAGGCACCAGGCCAAGAGAAACUCC